CACUUCUUAUACUCUCUAGGAUGUUCCACCUUAAGUAGUAGCUUACAUCUGCGAAGCGUUUGCGCUGUUUCUUCUACACUGAUCUCAUCUAUACUCUUCUUGCUUAAACUCUGUCUUGACCGGAAAGCUUCAAUUUUUUGCUUCUGUACAACGUUGUAACAUGUCUACCAUUGCCAUUCCUUCAUGUCACUUACUUGGUGGCGUGCAACCACUGAGACCUUCCCCCUUCACAAAUGGGGCGAGGUCUCUGCCUUUGCUAAGCAAAACUUCUAAGAAACCUAGCUUGAAGUCAUCCUCCUCCCCCUUCAAAGUGUCUCCAAUGGCAGCAUACAAUGUUAAACUGAUCUCCCCAGAAGGCGAGGUGAAGGAGAUCCAAGUCCCCGAGGAUCAAUACAUCCUCGAUGCAGCCGAGGAGGCUGGGAUAGAGUUGCCAUACUCGUGUCGGGCUGGCUCUUGCUCUUCCUGUGCAGGACAAGUGGUUUCUGGCACGGUGGACCAAUCGGAAGGGGCAUUCCUCGACGAGAGCCAAAUGGAGAAAGGCUUUGCGCUGCUAUGCAUUUCGUACCCGAGAUCAGACUGCGUUAUACACACCCACAAGGAAGAAGAAGUUCACUGAGAAAUUAAGCAGCAGCAGCAAGUGGUCAUGUCUGUUGUAACAUGAGAAGUAAGAAGACAUAUUAGGUAUUAAUCCUAUGAAAUUAAAUGUGGUCUGUGAAUCUUUUGGUACAAUUCUUACAUGUUAUUAGUCCUAUGAAUGUGGGCUUUGAAUCUUUGGGUACAAUUCUUAGCUUGUUGCUUUUAAACAUUUGGGAUUUGGAAGAUCAAAUUGCCCCUAUGAAUAAUUUGUUGUGUGUUGUGGUUUCUAGCUGCAUGUUGCCUUUAAGCAUUUUGGCACUGCACAUUGAAUUGAAUGUCUGUACUUUGAUGUUUAUUUGGUCAAUAAUAAAAUUGAAUUAAUCAUUUUGUAAGA